AUGGACCUGAAAGUGGCUGUGGUGACCUUGUGUCUGUGCGCUUUGGCUUUCCACGCGACUGAAGGUGGCAUCGUUAAAUGCUGUGUGAAAACCAGGCAAUCCGUCCCCAAAAUAAAACUCAUGAUGGUCAGAAGAUGGCAAAUGCAAGAAAGCGGCGGCCCCUGUGACAUCAGCGCACUCAUCCUUCACGUGGCGGGCCGGAGGAAGCCCAUUUGUGCCAACCCCACAGUCAGGAAGCAUCUCAAGCAAGUUCGUCUGGAGAUGAUGCAAUUGAAGCUGGGAAAAGUGCACUCAAAUUAAGCGCACGAUGUGUUUAUGCCAACGUAUCUUGAUGUAUAUGUCAUGCCCACAUUUUGCUUUCGUUUGUCAUGAAAAAGAACCACCGUUGACUUCUGAUAAUGAAAUGAAACCAUUGUGAGAGAUUAUAGGUA